AUGGAAGGAGCUGAAGAGCAGGCGGCCGAAGUGGGGGUAACUCAAGAGGGUGGAGCAAAGGAGGACGCCGUUGAUGAGAUGUCGACAGAUGUUGUUGAUAGGGCAGGUGAAGCUGCUGAGAGUACGGUUGAUCAGACAGAUGUCGAAGAGGCUGUAGAUCAGGGAUCUCUUGCUGGCGUUCUGGAGUAG